CGUCUCUCUUUCCCAACUGAGACAGAAAAAUAGAAAGGAAAAAAAUGGCGGGAAGCAGCAAUGAGGAAGAAAUGGAGUCGGUGCUGCUCCCCAAUUUCGAUCUCAUCUACCAGGAUUUCAAGAAUGCGAUUGCGGAGAUAGAGUUGCUCAAAUCCAACAGUAACGCCGAGCUCAAAAUCCGAGAAGCCCUCCAAUUCACUUCUCAUUCUCUCCGCCAAGGUCACAUAAAUAGGAUUUCCAUUCUUUUUACUGCUUUCUGUUUGUCUAAUUAUUAUGACCAGCUUGAACGGCGCACAAAAUGCCAGAGCUUGAAAGAAGAACUUAAGAGAGUGAGUGAUGAACGUCUCCAUCAAGAAUAUGAACACAGGAAGGCUAUGGAUUUGCUUAACCGAGAUUACAUGACAAAGGUUGGCGACUUAGAGGCUCAAAUCCAGGGCCUUCUGCUUGAAAAGGCAACAAAUGAAGCAACCAUUAAUCUCCUCCGUCAGGAUUUGACAGCUCAUAAAACUCAUGUUCAGACUCUUGCAAAGAGGUUGGACCGUGUUCAUUUUGAUGUGGAAUCUAAAUAUGAUCUUGAGAUUCAGGAUCUGAAGGACUGUCUUAUGAUUGAACAGGAAGAGAAAAAUGAGUUGAGUAGGAAAAUUCAAGAACUGGAGAAGGAAUUGCUGAUUAGCAGAACAAAGUUGGUUGAACAGCAAAGAGAUACGGUUUCAAGUCGGCUUGUUGAAACACUUAAACUGAAGAUUAUGAAACUACGGAAGGAGAACGAGAUCCUCAGAAGGCAGCUUCCUUGCUCAGAAGAUGGCUUGAGAGAUGGUAUCUGAAUUUGUAUUACUCUGUCAGGAAGCUUUGACAAGUAAGUUGAUGUGGAAAUUUUACAAUCUAGACUAGUAUAUGACUGUAAGGUAAAAUCUAUAUUUCCAAUCAGAUGAUGUAGACCUUAUACUAUUUCUUCAAAAUCAUGAGCUAAUAAAAUGAAGAACCUCAUUCUUGUAAAAUUGCAGUUGUUUUCAUAUCAAAUGUAUAUAUUCCUUUCCAAACUUUUCUUGAAAAGAAAUCAUAGUACAUGUUUAGCUUUUCUUUUGUGUGGAACAAGCACUUUCCGUAAAAUUUUAUCAUCGUCACAAACUUUCUAUAGGUGGAAGGCGUGGCAAGAGGGAAAACCUGUUUGUGAGUACUGUGCAGAGAGGAAAUUAAGGAAUGAGAGCGACAAAUUAUUUGGUAUAGAGAGGAAAGAAAUGAGCGCGACAAGUUAUUUGGUAUACUCGGUGUACUGCAUCUUUCUUGCAUAAAUGUAGGUUCAUAUAUAGGAUCUAUAGGUGGGAUCCCACUUUUACACCGGGUGUAAUGAAUAAUUUUAUAGGACAAGAUAUUACCCACUACUCCCUUGUUUGGCAGCCAAAAUUAAGAGAGGGAUGGUUCCAUUCUAUGGUGCUACAUAUGUUUGGUCCAAAAAUAGGUGGAGUGGUCCAUUUCAUUUUCUUAUGACAGGAAAUUAUACAAUUCACAUACUUUAUGGGUAACUAUUCAAUUUCGAAUGAAAUACCUAAAGUUUAGUCCUUUGAAUCACUGUUCCAAAAGUGUGUUUAGUCUUUAUGUCCCCUUGUUAGAAGCUUCCCUGUUGCAGAAACAAAUGAUCCAUUACAUUCCAUUAAAGUCAACAAAAUCCUUUCGUAGCUUUGAUUUACUUAGAUUGUGCUAUCAUUUUGGUCGGGUUUGAAGUCAUUUUCGUUCACAAUUUUGAAGCCUUUCAUGGAGCCAAGGGUUUGCAAAGCUCUCUACCGUCAAAUGUGUCAUUGUGGUCUGGAUGAUUAAGUACUAAAGUUGUACUCCACUUAUUACCAGAAAUGAGAAGCUUAAGGGUACAAACUAUAUCUCACUACUGGAAUUGACAGUUUUGCCAAUAAAAGUUGGCAAUUUAAAAUAGUUAAGAUAUUUGAACAUUUCUCACACUGCAAUCAAAGUAUUACCUGAUUCAGUAUGUACUUCAUACAAUUUGCAAACAUUACUGUUGGCAAGUUGUCAUUCUCUCACUGAGUUGCCCGCCAACAUGGGAUGGCUAAUUAACUUGCAUCAUUUUGAUAUUAUUAGAACAAACUUGAUAGAAAUGCCAUUGCUAAUGGGUAGAUUGAAAAGUCUCUGAACAUUAACUUCUUUUAUUUUGGGAAAAAAGGGUGGUUCUGACAUCAAAGAGUUGAGGGAGUUUCGGCAACUUAAGGGGAACCUUUCUGUUUUGAAGUUGGAAAAUGUAGUUGAUGCUAGAAAUGCUUUAGAGGCCAAUUUGAGGGAUAAGUUGCAACUUAAUGAAUCGGUAUUAAAGUGGGGUGGGGAUACAAAUGACUCCAAAAAAGAUAGAGAUGUACUAGACCAAUUGCAACCUCAUGCAAACCUGAGAAAGCUUACCAUUGAAAAUUAUGGUGGCACAAUAUUUUCAGACUGGUUAGGACAUGCAUCCCGCAAUAUCGGAUCGGUCCAAAUUCGUAAUUGUAAGAAUUGCCUCUCCUUGCCACCAUUUGGUAAACUUCCCUCUCUGAAGUUCCUCUCUAUUGUGGGAUAGAUGGAGUAAUGACUAUUGGUACAGAGUUUUAUGGGACUGUUGAUUCUAAAAGCAAGCCUUUUGCAUCGCUACAAACUUUUCGCUUCAAGAACAUGUUGCUAUUGCAGGGAUGGCUUCCUUUCAGAGAUGACAAUGAAGGUGUAGUAGCUGUCUCUCGUCUCCAACAGCUUUAUAUACAAAAUUGUUGUAACCUGACCAAGGGUCUUCUUGACAACCUUUUUUCUUUAAAGACACUUGCGAUUGAAAAGUGUCAGCUGCUUGUCACUUCACUUCCACAUUUACCAGCCAUAAAUGAAUUGAAGUUACAGUAUUGCAAUAAGGUGUUGUUGAAUGAAUUACCACCUCAAGUGCUAAAGUUCACAAUUAGUGGAUAUGAUGCCUUGGUGUGUAACAACCACUGUCUUGAAGAGUUAGAUGUCUCUGAUUGUCCAUCUCUCAGGUUGCUUCCUAGUAUUGGCAAAGCUGAUACAAUAAAAUCACUUGGUGUCAAGAACUGUGGAAAAUUACUGUUUCUGAUGCACCAAUGUUAUGCAUCCCUUGAGAGGUUUUGCAUAAGAUGUUUCAAUUCUCGUGUCCUUUCCAUUAGAAUUAUUUCCAAAGCUUAAUCAUCUUGAUAUCCAUGGAUGCCAAAAUCUUCAUUCCUUUUCAUUUUCAAAUCGAGGACCACUUCAGCAUCUAUUAUCUCUCAGAAGCUUAAAAAUCACAAAAUGUUCCAAUUUGCAAUAUCACAUUGGUCCAAAUUCGUAAUUGUAAGUAUUGCCUCUCCUUGCCACCAUUUGGUAAACUUCCCUCUCUGAAGUUCCUCUCUAUUGUGGGAUAGAUGGAGUACAGAGUUUUAUGGGACUGUUGAUUCUAAAAGCAAGCCUUUUGCAUCGCUACAAACUUUUCGCUUCAAGAACAUGUUGCUAUUGUAGGGACGGCUUCCUUUCAGAGAUGACGAUGAAGGUUUAGUAGCUUUCUCUUGUCUCCAACAGCUUUAUAUACAAAAUUGUUGUAACCUGACCAAGGGUCUUCCUGACAACCUUUUUUCUUUAAAGACACUUGUGAUUGAAAAGUGUCAGCUGCUUGUCACUUCACUUCCACAUUUACCAGCCAUAAAUGAAUUGAAGUUACAGUAUUGCAAUAAGGUGUUGUUGAAUGAAUUACCACCUCAAGUGCUAAAGUUCACAAUUAGUGGAUAUGAUGCCUUGGUGUCCUUACCUAUGGGUAACAACCACUGUCUUGAAGAGUUAGAUGUUUCUGAUUGUCCAUCUCUCAGGCUGCUUCCUAGUAUGGCAAAGCUGAUACAAUAAAAUCACUUGGUGUCAAGAACUGUGGAAAAUUACUGUUUCCGAUGUACCAAUGUUAUGCAUCCCUUGAGAGGUUUUAUUCUCGUGUGUCCUUUCCAUUAGAAUUAUUUCCAAAGCUUAAUCAUCUUGAUAUCCAUGGAUGUCAAAAUCUUCAUUCCUUUUCAUUUUCAAAUCGAGGACCACUUCAGCAUCUAUUAUCUCUCAGAAGCUUAAAAAUCACAAAAUGUUCCAAUUUUGUGUCCUUGUCCAAAGAGGAACUGCAUGCCCCCAACCUGACCCGGUUCUGUGUUUAUAACUGUAAUUAUUUGAAGGUGCUGCCUGACCAGAUGCACACACUGUUCCCAUCUCUUCAGACUUUGAGUAUAUGGUGUUGUCCAGAACUUGAGUCAUUUCCAGAAGGAGGUUUGCCAUUCAGUUUAAACUCACUUGAUAUCCGUUCUUGUGACAAACUCAUUGUCGGCAGCAUGGGGUGGGGUUUGAAGGGACUACACUCUCUUAGGAGCUUCUAAAUCAGUGAUGAAUAGGAAACUUGGGAGGCCUUUCCAGAGAGAGGGUUCCUUCAGUCCUCUCUUACAUCCCUUGAAAUUUGGGGUCUGAAACAUUUGAAAUCUCUUGAUGGCAAUGAGCUUCAACAUCUUGCUGCACUUAGAAAAUUGACUAUUGGCUACUGCAGCUGCCCAACUCUGCAGUCCAUGCCAGAAGAGGGCCUGCCAACUUCUCUCUCUUCUCUAACAAUGAAGAAUUGUCCCAUGCAGAAAGAGCGGUGUUUGAGGGAGAAAGGAGAAGAUUGGCCCAAGAUAGAGCAUAUUCCACUCAUAAAAAUUGACAAAGAAGUGAUCUCAUGAUGUUAUAGUCCACAGGAGCCUCAUCUCUUCAUCUAAUUGAAGUUCUGCUUAGAUACUCAUUUUACUCAUCAUAUCAUACUUGCUGUCAGGUAGAUGGAUUGGUGAAUUCUUCUUCUUGACCUUACUCAUCUAAUUAGUACAAAGAAAUUUCUAAAUUAUCAACUUCAACUUAUGUCUUUUGGUGAUCAUUGCAUAACUGGUAGCAGCAAUGCUAGAGCUUUGUCUGUUCAUAGAGGCCAAUGAGUGAUCAUUGUAUACUGGAAAUGCUUGAGCUUUGCCCUGUCUCAUUUUAUGCUUACAUUUCUUGUCAACCCUUCGCAGGAAACUGACUCAUAUCUUCUGUACAAGUUUGAAGCCCCAAUGAUGAUUCUUAUUGCAGUGAUAUUGAAAGCUCUGUAUACAAAAAGUCCUGGGUUAAUGUUGGGCCUAAUGAACAAACUUCAUUUAUUUUUCUUUUUAGGAUAAAACCAACUAGCAAUAAUUGUGUUUAUUGAAUGUCUGCAGCUUUUGACUUAACAUCAGACAGGAUCUGGUUAUGUGAAGUGCAGUUGGAAUAUUGCGGAAUGCACUGUUGAAUGGACGGCCCUCAGACUGCACAAAGGAUGUACUUGAGAAGCUUGUGCCUCAUACAAACUUGAAUAAGCUACAGAUGCAUAAUUAUGGUGGCACAAGAUUUCGAGGUUGGUUAGGAGAUGAUUCAUUCUGCAAUAUUGUAUCUGUAAGCUUUCAAAAUUGUGAAAAUUUCUGUAUCUUGCUACCCCUUGGGAAAUUACCUUCCCUGAAACACCUUUCCAUUGAAGGUUUUGAUGAACUAGUGGCUGUUGGUCCUGAGUUUUAUGGGAACAAUUCUCUUGCAGCUCAGCGGUUUCUAUCUCUUGAAAUAUUAAAGUGUAGUUGGAUAUCUGCAUGGGAGGAAUGGUGCUCCAUCAGAGUUAAAGAUGAAUUUAUUGCUUUCCCUCGUCUGCAAGAGCUUCACUUAGAUGUUCUUUUGAAGUACCAAGAUCAGCACAGAGCUUUGUUAGGUCCGCUAAAGAUAUCAAAUUUCUUAAAGCAGAGUUUCGUGCAAUUCUGCAUGCUUCUAGCUCUCACAAAAUUGAGGCUUUUACAACAUUCCACCUGAUGAUUAUUUCAUAAUUACUUUUUUUGGUGACUACUACGAGCAUUGUAAGCAUUAAGCAUUGGAACAAUGGAGAAAAUCUCUAAUAUUAUUGGUGGAAUAGGACAUUUCAUCUUGCUUAGUUUAGUUUACUGGAUGUUUUGUUUUCUGUCCAAUGAAGUAGCAAAAUGAACAGUAUCUGUGGUAAAAUUUCAUCUUGCACUAUUGGAUUUUUUAAGUUGUAUGUUGUAGUUCACCAUCCAUUUUGUUUGAAUUACGCCGGAGGCUUGUAGUGCUAAUUUUAAUGGUAAUGGUUCCAGUUUGUGUGGCUUUAACUUGC